AUGAAAGACCUCAAAUGGGAACAUGAGGUGCUUGAGCAGCAGUUCAAUCGACUCAAGGAAGAGCGCAACUCUCUUCACGCGAGCUUCGUCGAAGCUGUCCAAGAAGUCGUCCAAAAGGCCAACUUCAAGAAGCUCAUGCUCGAGCGCAAGGUGGUCAAGCUUGCCGAUUCAUUGGAGAAGAAGGAUGCCCAGCUGAACGAAAUCCUUGCCGCCUCGAAUCUGGACCCCGCAGCCCUCAGCGUCGUCACUCGCAAACUCGAGGACGUCCUCGAUGCCAAGAACGGCGCCAUCAAGGAUCUUCAGUACGAGUUGGCCCGUGUCUGCAAGGCGCACAAUGACUUGCUUCGCACCUACGAAGCGAAACUCACCGCUUUCGGCGUGCCCGUCGACGAGCUUGGAUUCAAGCCCCUCGAAUCGACCGUUUCCGGUCAGAAGCUCGAUCUUCAAAGCGACUCGCUUACUUCUAUCCUUGCGAAUGAGCGUUUCGUUGUUAUUGGUACUGAAAAGGGAAAGCUGAUCAUUUGCGAUCAUGAUGGGAACAAAACGAAGGAUCUUUGCACUCUCAAAGGCGCCAUAAGCUGCAUUAGAACCGAUGAGCGUGGAGAAAUUAUCGCUUGUUCCACACUGGAAGGUCAUGUCCGCGUCAUAUCUUUGUUUGAAGAUCCAGAAGUUGAGCUAAAAAUGAAAUUCAAAAAUGCAGUUCAUAGAAUCACCUUAUCCGACACUUAUCUAUCUUCGGGGAAAAUAAUCAUUGCAGGCGAGAAGAUUACUCUCUGUGAAAGGGGGCUUUUGGGUUCGAAAAAGUCGACAAACUUGGCGAUCACAAAAGAGGUUUCUCAAAUUGAAUGGAGAGGAGACCUGUUGACCUGGGCUGAUGCUAGCGAAGUCAAAGUGUUUGACAUGGGUUCCCGUGAGAUCAUAUCGAUUAUCUCCCGCCAGUCCAUUUCUGAGGAAAAAGACUACUCUUGCAACUUCACUUGGACUUCAAGUUCAACCUUGAUAAUCGGCUGGGACAACACAAUCCAAAUUUGCGGCGUGAAAACGCGCCAGAACUCGACAAAGAUCGAAAUCCAGAAAAUAAUCACGACAGAGUUCCCUAUCACGGCUCUCCUGCCUCUUGGAGCUUCGAAUGAAAUGCUCAUUUGUUCUGUCAGCGCGAGACAAAAGCCCUCCGUGAAGAUUAUUGAGUUGCAAGAGGGAUCUGGCUAUCUUGAACAUUGUGAUGAUCAAAUUUCUGUCAGAGCUUAUUCCAGUUUCGUGUCAAAAGACUAUCUAAUGAGCGUUGUCAACUACGAAGGUCACGAUCUGACGGCGUUUAUAGCUUCGCCAAAAGACAUAAUUGUAGCGACCGAGCCAAAUGACGAGGACCACGUAACCUGGCUCCUCGAUAACGAGCAGUAUCUUGAAGCCCUUGAUUUUACGAAAAAUCGAAAACUCGCGUCGCAUAAUUACGCUGCCAUCGGACGAGAAUAUAUUCGAUUUCUGAUUGAAACGGAUGAUCUGGAGCUGGCUGCAAAAAAGUGCCCCGCUUUUCUCAGUACGGCUCAUGAUUGGGAAAAAGAAGCAUUGGCAUUUUCGUCCAAGAACUCGCUGAAAAUCUUGAUUCCUUAUUUGCCUACCUCAAAUCCACAGCUUCGAAGUUCUGUUUACGGCGAGGCCUUGCGCGAACUCAUAGAAAGCAAGGAAUACGAGCGGUAUUUAUUUCUUAUCAAGUCUUGGCCAAGUGCUAUUUUCGAAAUAAAGAAUCAGGUCCAUCUCAUCCGCAACGAACUCUAUCAGCUCGAGUCUUCAACAACUGAAACUCGCACUCUAUCAGUUGCUCUCAGGAUUUUACUAGAAGUAGAUCAUCGAUUCGAAGAAGCCUUUGAAAUCUUCAUGAAAUUAGCUGACGCGGAUGUGUUUUACUUCAUUGAGAAGCAUCUUCUUUACAAAUUGCCGUGGGUGUCCGGGAGGAUUUUGGAUUUGAUGGAGAUUGAUACUGACAAAUGUUCCCAAAUUUUGAUAGAACACAGAGAAGACUUUCCUAUUAGAGAUAUGGUUGAAGUUCUCCGCGGAAGCUCCCACUUCCUGCACAACUAUCUUCACAAUUUAUAUUGUCAGGAUGGCGAAUCUCUUCCUCCAGAAUAUCACGAUCUCCAGGUUGUCCUUUAUGCCAACUACGACCGGCCAAAGCUGCUUGAUUUUCUCAAAACAUCACCUUAUUACGAGGAGCGAGAUGCACUUGACAUUUGCACGGCAAAAGACUUGACCGCUGAACGAGUUUACCUCCUCGCGCGCAUGGGAAAAAAGUCUGAAGCGCUCACACUCCUUCUUGACUCGUCCGAAACAAUCCAUCCUUGUGUUGACUUCUGUCUUCAACAGAAUGAUCACGAGCUGUGGACAGAGCUCAUUGACAUGUCAGUUUCGAAACCAGAGCAUGUAAAGAACUUGCUGAAUAUAGUCGGCCAAUACGUCAGCCCGUUGAUGAUUAUUGAGAGGAUACCAGAGGGAAUGGAGAUUCCAGGAUUGCGAGAUGCUCUUCAAGUUGUUCUCAACGACUCCACUGAUCGUCAGAAUAUGUGGGAGCUUACAGAGAAAAUCGCGGCCAUUGAUGGCAUGAGCCUCUUGAGCCGCUUUUAUAGCAACAAAAAGCGCGCAGUUGUGAUAGACAGUUCGGACACAGGCAAACCGCUACAAUGCGCUGGCUGCUCGCAACCGCUCUUCUGGAAACAUGAUAUCUACCACCGAAAAUGCAUGGUCUUCACAUGUGGCCAUCACUGUCACAUUCAGUGCGCUGUUGACGCAUCACACGCCGGCAUUGUGAAAAACUGGCAGAUGGGAAUCGUCAACUCAUUAUUUAUACAAGCGACGCUUGUAACUUUCAUUUCCACCGGCUUUUUGCACAAUCUCAUUCAACUCGCUGCGCUUGUCUUCGUCUACCCUUUCCACAAGAACACAUAUCGACGAAUCGCUGAAGCUGCGCAAGUUCUUCACUGGUCUAUCGUCGCCAAUCUCGGUUGGCGAUCUGGUUCCAAGCUAAAAAUCUUUUGCUCUGACGACGACUUGAAACACAUUGGAAAAGAGGCUGCUAUUCUCAUCGCAAAUCACCGCUACAGUAUUGACUUUCUCUCGACAGUGCUCAUUCCUGAUCAAUUCGGACGUCUCGGACAAUUUAAAGCGUUCCAGAAACACGAGACGAAAUUCUUGCCUAUCGUGGGUUGGGACUUUUGGUUCACGGAGAAUAUAUUCUUACGAAGAGAUGCUAAACGAGAUGUAAAAGCCAUAGAAAAUGGGGUCAAGCGACUUGUAGACUCCAACCGUCCGUUUUGGCUGAUGCUUUACGCCGAAGGCAGUCGUUUCACAAACGACAAGCAUGCGAGAAGCGAAGAAAUCGCAGCUGAAAAAGGAUGGUCUCCUCUUGAAUACCAUCUCCAGCCCCGUGCCACAGGCUUUACCAAAGUCUGGGAGCAAGUAAAAGAGAAAAAUGUGGCAAUUUAUGACAUGACAGUUCAAUUAGAAGACAAUAUCGACCAGAAAAUGUCGAGGAUACUCCGCAAAGAGCCAGUUACAUUUAAUGUGUACAUUCGGCGAUUGAUUCCUGACGAAAAUUUAAUAAAAGCUAAAGAGGAUCCUGGCGAUUGGAUUCGAAAGCUGUAUCAGGAAAAGGAUGAGCGUUUUAAAAAGCUGCUGAAGACAAAGACCCUUGAUGGCCACGUUGCUAGUUUCCCCGAGGGUGCAAAGCCAGUCCGGGAGCAAGUUUUGCCGCAGCCAGCGGGAAGCAAGAUGGUUACUAACGCGCUGAUGGCGACAGUCUUCCCGACCUGUUGCUACUUAUUUUAUCAGAUGGGCAAGUCCUCGUACGUUGGGUUGGCCGCUAGCUUAUCUGUCCCACUUGUGUGUCAAUACCUUACUAGCAAAAUUAUCAAAUCCGGAGAUAUUUCAUCUGCUUCCACUCACGGCUUGAAAAAGACCCAGUAG